AUGUCGACCGAGACGUUCGUCCACGUCAGCUUCGAGAGCCAUCUGGCCGAUCAGCAGCGCAAGACACCGCCUUGCUUCUUUGAGCCUUUCACGCUGCUCCUACAUGAGGGCAGCACGAUUUCGUUUGGCCGCCAGGUCAAGUCGCAUCAGCAGCCCCAGACCAACAGAGCCACUCCGGGCGAGAAUCUAGGCCCAGUCCCGCCGGUUUUGCAUGCUGAGGUCGGGGCACUGCCCAGAAACGCCUUCGAGCAGCAGCACCAACACCAGCAGUAUCAGAGUCAGCACCAGCAACAGUCGGCCAAUGCUGCGACAACCGGCCCUGGCAUCCUCCGCGACGACUUGCAGGACACGGCCCAAAAUCAAAAUGCGGCUUCGUUCUCGGCCCUGGCUCUAUUCACGGCUCCGGCCAUCAGUGCGUCGUCGGUUGUAUCGGCUCUCUGGGGUAACUUUGCCGACCCCAAGGGCCCCGAGGCCCUGUCGCCUCAGGUCGGCGCUACCAGAGCCGGAGACAGCAGUGCUCGUCCAGACCCAAGCGUCGACCGCACCCAGCGGCUCCCGAUAACCACAGCAAACAAACCCCGCACAAGCACAGCCGAUCAGCCCGCUGGGAAGCAUAGGGUCUGGUUCAAGAGCAAGGUCGUGAGCCGAACGCAUGCCGAGAUGUGGAUCAAGGCCGGACAGUAUGCAUCGAUGCUGCUGCCACCAUCUGCAUCGACACCUUCGCGGAUGUCGCCGAUCAAAGCCGUCGCGACGAUCGCCGCCCACGUCAUUAAUGAUCUGGGCUCCGCCAUCUAUGAUCGACACAAGAUCUAUUUGAAAGACGUUGGAAGCUCCUCCGGCACCUUUCUGAACCGCCUGCGGCUCUCGCCGACGAGCAAGAUCAGCCGGCCUUAUCCGAUCCGCGACGGCGACUUGAUCCAGUUCGGCGUGGACUAUCAGGGACGGAACGAAGAUGUAUACAAGUCUGUGCUCAUGAAGGUCAGCAUCCGUAGCCAGAAUGGCAGUCCGCUCGGCAGACUGGACCACCCGAUCAACCGCUUCCGCGUUGCUCUCGGGGCUCUGCUGGCCGCGACCAACCCCUAUGCCGACACCAAAGCCGAUACAGCCAAGGCAGAAGCACCUCCGGUCCUCGCGCAGCAGACACACAUGGACUGCUGCAUCUGUCUCGGCGGCAUCGGCCCCUUCCAGGCGCUGUUCCUGGGCCCCUGCUCGCACUGCUUCCACUAUAAGUGCAUCCGAGUGCUGCUUGCUGAAAACGAGGCUAUGUUUCCGUGCCCUGUCUGUCGACAGGUGGCCAACUUGGACGCAAGCGUAUCGAUGGAGAGCCUGUGCGGUCUAGCGGACGGCAGCGAUCUUGACGAAGGGCUCGCCAGCAGCAGCCAACUCAGCCGCGACAAAAGCCAGGAGCCAGAGACUAGCAUGGACGGCCACGAUGGCCAGAUGGGAGCCGCCAGAGUCAACAUCCUGGACGAAGGACUGCUGGACUCUCAGCAGGAUCCCCUGACCCAGUUCUACACUGACGCUCGGCCUUCGCUACCGCUUACCAGACCAAGCAUGUCCUCGGCCUGGACUCGGUCACCAGUCGCGCAAGUGGCUUCUGGCGACGCCCAGGCACCCCGGUGCGAAUACGCAGGAUACCACGAAUCAGAUCCUAUGGGACAUCCGAGACCGAUUUCGAUUUCGAACCAGGGCUGCCCCUCGGAGCGCAAGCAGCCGCCAGGCAUCCGAAACCCGUCCGACUGGAGAAGCCAGUCGAGCCGAUACUCGGACGCAGACGAGGGGCUUUGGGCUCCCGAGGCAGCCGGCCAACCGGGCCACGAUGGGGAACCGUUCUUGGGCUCGGACGAGUACGGGGAAUGCGACCUGAGCCAGACGGAUUUCGGAUCGACGCACAAUCUCGCUGGCGGCCCCUCUCGCCCAGCACACAAAUUCAGCAUUCUCUAGCGCGCGUGAAGAUGUCAUCGCCUGGAUAUAUCUGUGUGUGUGUCUGGAUGGACUGCUUGCUGAUGUGCGAUGAAUACACUGCGUUGACACAAGCCCGUGCCCAAACAUCGAGU